CCCCCAUCUCGCUCCCUCCUCCUCCUCCCUCUCUCUCUCCUCUUCCAUUGGCCAUUCCACCGCUCCAUGAAACCCCAAACCCUCGCCGGCCUCGCCGCGGUCGCGUAGCACCGUUCCUGCCCCCCCUCUCACCCCCCCCCCCCGAUCCCGCCGCGGCAGACGUCCACGCGCCCCGUCCCCCACGCCGGCGCAUCCGAUCCCGCCCCGGAGCUCUCGCAUCGCGGCCGCGCGCGGAGGUGGGGGACGAUGAACGGUGAGGCGGUACCCGAGGCGGCUGCGGCGGAGGCCUCGCCCCCGGCGUCGCCGGCGCCGAUGCCGGCGCUCGAGUGGAGGUUCUCGCAGGUGUUCGGCGAGCGCAGCGCCGGCGAGGAGGUCCAGGAUGUUGACAUCAUAUCGGCAAUAGAAUUCAAUAAAUCAGGACAGCAUCUUGCCACUGGGGACAGAGGAGGGCGAGUUGUUUUGUUUGAAAGGACAGAUGCCAAGGAUAGUGUUGGUAGAAAAGAAGCUGAAAAAGCUGAUUAUUCUGUCAGCAGGCAUCCUGAAUAUCGCUACAAAACUGAGUUUCAAAGCCAUGAGCCAGAGUUUGAUUACCUUAAAAGCUUGGAAAUUGAAGAGAAGAUUAACAAGAUAAAAUGGUGCCAAUCAGCAAAUGGAUCAUUAUCUCUUCUGUCCACAAAUGAUAAGACAAUAAAGUUUUGGAAGGUGCAAGAAAAGAAGAUCAAAAAGGUAUCUGAGAUGAAUUUGAGCCCUUCAAAUGCACCUGCAAAUGGUAGACCUGCUGGCAGUAAUGCUUUUGGUUCGAGUGCAUAUGUCCCAAAUGGUGGCAUUUCAAAACCUGGUGGACUCAAUUCACUUCGCCUGCCCGUGGUAGUUACAAGCCAAGAAACAAGUCUUGCUGCAAGUUGCCGAAGAGUCUUUACUCAUGCACAUGACUACCAUAUAAACUCUAUUUCAAAUAACAGUGAUGGUGAGACUUUCGUAUCAACAGAUGAUUUGCGGAUAAAUCUUUGGAAUUUGGAAAUUAGCAAUCAAAGUUUUAACAUUAUUGAUGUUAAACCUACAAACAUGGAGGAUCUGACUGAGGUAAUAACAUCUGCUGAGUUCCACCCAACUCACUGCAAUACAUUGGCUUAUAGUAGCUCAAAGGGUUCCAUUCGACUUGUUGACCUGAGGCAAUCAGCCCUUUGUGACACUCAUUCUCAACUCUUUGAGCAGCAUGAGGCCCCAGGUUCAAGAUCGUUCUUUACGGAGAUUAUAGCCUCGAUUUCGGACAUAAAGUUUUCCAUGGAUGGGAGACAUAUUCUAAGUCGUGACUACAUGACACUGAAGCUUUGGGAUAUUAACAUGAACUCUGGUCCAGUUGCAACAUUCCAAGUUCACGAGUAUUUAAGGCCCAAGCUAUGUGAUUUAUAUGAAAAUGAUUCCAUUUUCGAUAAAUUUGAGUGCUGUCAAAGUGGAGAUGGUUUGCGAGUAGCAACUGGUUCUUACAGCAACAUUUUUCGUGUGUUUGGUUUUGGCACUGGUAACAAUGAGGCAGCGACACUUGAAGCAACUCGAAACCCUACUAGGAGGCAACUUCAGAAUCCCACAAGGCCUGCUAGAUCUCUAAGCACUCUGACAAGAGUUGUUAGACGAGGUGCUGAUAGCACUGGAAUAGACGCCAAUGGGAAUUCCUACGAUCUGACCACAAAAUUGCUCCAUCUAGCUUGGCACCCAUCUGAAAAUUUAAUUGCCUGCGCCGCUGCAAACAGCUUGUACAUGUACUAUGCAUAAACAAGGAGGAAAGAAGAGCGACAGUAAUUUUUGGUUAGCUGCUCCCGGUGAGAAGUGUUUUAGCCCCUUGGUGCAGCAGAGCAGGGAGUUGCUGGAGGUCGUUGUUUUUUGGGCCGGUCACAUGCUGUUCUUUUGAGUGCCAUAUAGAGCUGUCCAGAGUCCAAGAGGAAGUGACUCGAUCAUUCCCGGGAAGCAGCUUGAUUCUGAUUAAUUUUUUUCAAGGGGAAAGGCCUGUCUUUCCCUUAUAGGUUCAUUUAGAUUUAAAGAUAAGAUUUCUAGUUCGACAUUUGGAAGGAACCAUAACUAUUGGGAAUCUGUGGUUAGAUGAUAAGGGGAUGAUCUUCGUUGUAUUCAUGUUGCAAUUAUGGUCUUGUAACUCCAGGACAGAGGCAUUGAAGCUUUUGAUAAUUUUGUCUUUGUGAUCUUUUUUU